UUCUGCAUAAAACCCUUGUUGAUGCUGUGACGUUUCACCACCCUGUACGGGUACUACCAGUCUACCACACCUCUUCUCUGCUCUUCUCCACCGGCUUUCUUCUCCGUUUUGCCUCCUGUCCACCGGCUCCCUCCAGUGUUGCUUAGAGUAAAACUAAGAGGCUUACACCUGCAAGCACGGUUGCACCUCCUAGUUAUCAUUGAAAGGGUGGGUGUUGGUGUUGGUGUUGGUGUUGGGUUUUCCUCCCUCUGCAACAAUGGAGUUUUGGGGUGCUGCGGUCAAAGGAGGUCAAGCGUUUGAUGUAAAGCUUGGGGAAUCCAGUUUUCUGCAUCUUUCUCGGGCUUCGCUUGGUGAAGAAGCACAGGAGCCUGUUAUUAUUUAUUUUACUAUCAAUAAAAAAAAACAAGUACUUGCAACUCUUGAUCCUAAGUUGCUGUCAGAAGAACGUUUUUGCUUGACAUUUGUCAAAGACUUCAAAAUAAGUCACAACCUCAGAAAUGGAAGUGUUUACUUCUUUGGACACAAAAAUAAACCCACACUAAAGAAGGAAGAAGGAAAUAAUGUGGAGUAAGCAAGUUCUGCUUGCUUGUGAAUGUGCACAGAUUUUAAUGAAGAGUAAUGAGGGAAGUUUGUAAAUUGUAAUAUCAUGGUGUCUGUUUAGUAGGUUUGAUGUUAGUAUGAAAAUGACAUCAUAUCCAUCCUCUCUUUAUGUGUUGAAGAUUGAUGAUGACAAUUAUCUACCUACCCAUCCGAUUUUAGAUUACCCAUCGUUUAUUUUCCUUUCA